AUGACUGCUACACUCCUCAAGGUUCAAGUUCAUAAUUUAGAGAAGAAAGUUUCUUCAGAGAGCCGCCCUUUUGGGGAGCCGGAUUUCAAUGUGGACGACUUUGUCACUGUUGAUGAAAUUAACGAGGACGCAGCAGACGCAGACCCCAAUGAUGAAAGCGACUCUUCAACUAAGCCAAAGUCCACAGAGAAUGCGGAAAGUCAAAGCUCAGCUGCAUCUCCUGCUUCCAAACGAACCUCAGCAGGGUCCUCCAAAGACUCCAGCAGCUCAGCCUCUUCCUCAUCCAAGCCCACGAAAUCUUCUGAGAAAAGCAGUUCAACCUCCUCACUACGAAAAAGUAAAGACUCUUUUGAAUCCACCAAACCCGAAUCCUCUGUGAGUGUCAGUAAGCCGGUUUCCUUUUCUGGUGAGAAAACGCAGCCAAGCAAACCUCCAGACAAAUCGUCGCAUUCUUCGUCCUCGGGUUAUAGGACCCGUUCAUCAAAGAUGGCAUCAACCGCUGCUGCAGAGCUAACGGAGGAGAGUGCAGCAACAAAGUCUGACCUCAAAGUGUCAGCAAAGGAAAAUCAAACUAAAAUGGAAACAUCAUCAGAGACACAGCCACCUGCAGAGGGAUUAGGGAUGAAGAGCCAAACACAGACUCUGGAGACUGAAUCUAAGGAUGACCCACACAAAGAGUCAAAGAAAAGCAAAGGAGAUGGGGAAAAAGACAAUGCGGGGAAAUAUCCACAGGAGGAGGAGGAGGAGGAUGAUGGUGAAAGUUACCAGAUCCUUGAUUCGAUUGACGAGCCAACAGAUGAACAGAUAGAUGAAGACACAAACCAAGAGACUAAAACAGAGUCAUCAGGGCCUGAGCAAACCCAGAGUUUGCAUGAGGGGGAAAGUCAGGUCUUGAACAGCAUUGAUAAUAAAGGCUCAGAGGAGUCCAGUAAAACUGAAACGGAUGCUCCUCUCUGUGUGAUAGACAACGUUAGUGAAGACCAAGCCAGUACAGUCCAAGAGGACAGUCAUCUGGUCAAAGAUGAAAGUGCCACAGCAAAGCAGCUGUCUGAGGAAAAAAUUCAAGAAUCAGAUGCAGCUGAUAAAAAAGAAGGGUUGGAUCCAAGCAUGAACCAAACUCCAAGGUCCAAUGCCGAUGGAAAAGAAAUGAAUGAGGAGAUGCUCUCAGAAAAAUCAAGCAAAGCUUCCAAAGCUUUUUGCCAAACUCCAAAUAAUGAAGAACAAGAAAACAAAGGCAGUUCAGCAGAUGUUACUAAACAGAAAGCCUCUGAGAAGUUAGAUUCAGUCAAUGAUCACACCAGAGGAGAAGAUGACGAGAAGAAACUUAAUACUUUGAAAGCAGUCACUGAAGGAACUGAAGAAGAGGAAGAAGCUUACCAGGUAAUUGAUUCUGUGGAAGAAGAGCCACCGACCACAGAGACCGAGACAGAGGCUGAGAACAAGGAGGAAAAAACCAAGAAAGACGUUGAAGUGGCUAAACGAGCUGAAAGACCAACAAGGAGGGGUAGACCGAGAACAAGAACAUCUAAAAGAGAGGAGAAAGAGACACAGGAGGAGAUGAUCUUUGAGGUAGUGGAUUCUGUUAAAGAUGAAUUUGUUCAAGAUGUCUCCACCACAGAGAGGCCUGGUAGAAGGAGGUCGGCCAGAGGAAACAAAGAAGAUAAAAAGACGCCAACUUCCACAGUUGCAUGUAUAAAACCCGUCAGGGAAGAGGAAUCUACGUCCGAGAUC